AUUCCUUCCGUUCUUCUCGCGCUCUUAUUACUACCAGUCCAACGGCCCCCAUCCUCUCUCUCGGGUUUCCCAUGUUCGUUGCUUUCGGGUUUCGUAGCGAUCUAUCGUGGUGCCUGGCACCACCCGUGUCACGAUAUCCGAGCCAAGCUGGGCUCGGAUAGCCAGAAGAGCGCCCGUCAUAGAGCCUCUUGGACGGGAGUCCGCCGCCCUUCCCAAGAUGACUUUGGCUGGCAUGCGAGUCCUUCCCCGGGAUGGGGAGGCCGGCAGCGCGCCCCUCACAACCGGCGCCAUCGCCGGCAUUGCUUGCGGCGCCGGUGCCCUCUUCUUGGGUGCGACCAGCCUGUUCAUCGUCUACUUUCGCCGUCAGCGACGGUACGCACGGGAGGACUACUCCGACUCGGACAGCUUCGACGACACGAUGCCACGGCGUGCCAUGGCCCCCGUCGUCACAUACACCAUGGACUACAAGAUCGAUAACCCGCAACACCACGAGGGCUCCUCGUACAUAUACUCUCCCGAGCAGGCCUCCUACAUUCUCUCCCCGCAAAGCACCUCCGACGCCGCCAGCGCCAUGCCCACCCACCCGGCUUAUAUCCCCCGUGCUUUGGUCAGGGGCUCUUCAACUCCGAGCAACCGCUCCGUGUCAACCACCUCUCCUCCGCCACCCUUCCUGAGCCUAAGCCCGCCAUACCCGCCCUCCAUCUCUCACUCCAGCAAGAUCCAGCCGGACGACAGCAUGAUCGGGGCUUACCUUGCGGCCGCCGCCCAAGCCGGGCCCCAAGCCCAGUCCCAGGACAGCCCACCCGAGGAGUCCGAUGCUGCCUCCUCCUCCUCCGGCCCGGCCAUCCGGCCUGCGCCGCCCCGCUCCGUCUCCCCUACCGACGGAAGCAGCAGCGACCACAAUAACCACCAACAGCAGCAGCAGCAGCAGCAGUUUCCCUUACCCAACGGGCUCCAGCCCCUGCCCGCGAGGCGCAAGCCCCGCGCCUACACCCCGCCGCGGCUCAACCUGGCCGAGGGCACGGCGCAGAACCGCAGCAGGAGAGAGCGGCCGCUGCUCGGCAAGGAGCACGCCACCAUCUCGGGCCCGCUCGCCUUCCCCCAGUUCUCCCACCCCCCGAUCGGCCCGCCUCCUCCUCCGGCUGUUCCUCCUGCUGCUGCUGCUGCUUCCAGGUCGGGCUGGCGCCGCGAGGAGGUCGCGGCGGACAUCUGGGACGGCGAGGGCGAGGAGCAGUGGCACUCGCAUGCGUCCCCGCCCGGCGAUGGCCGGCGGACCUUCCGCAGCCGGAUCGCCCUGGCCGGCGGCGGCGGCGGCGGCAGCGGCAGCGGCAGCGGCAGCGGUAGCAAUUCUGGCAGGGGCAGGGGCAGGGGCAGGGGCAAUGGCAAUGGCAAGAAGAAGCACGGCAGGAAGAAGUCGGACAGGGGUAGCGGCGGUUAUGGCAGCAACCGGCACUAUACCGAGGUCGAGAUCGGGAGAGGGAGCGACAUCUGGUGA